CCAUGGGCUCUGGCAAGAGCACCGCGUCACGGGUGCCCAACCGCUACGCUCCAGGAAGCUCUCAGAGUCGUAUCCGGCGUAUGUGGAAUGACACGGUCCGUAAGCAGUCCGAGUCCUCCUUCAUCACUGGCGACAUCAACAGCUCAGCCUCACUCAACAGAGAGGGUCUACUGAACAAUGCCCGGGAUACAAGUGUUAUGGAUACUCUACCGCUGAAUGGUAACCACGGCAACAACCACCACCACCACCACCACAGCUACAGCCUGGCCGCCGCCGACUACAUGAGCGACUGCGUCCAGAUCAUCGACCGCGGAGGCUACGGCGGCGGCGUUGGCGUUGGCGGAACCCACACCCUCACGCACGCGCUCGGCACCCUCGGCAACACCACCACCACCCUCGGCAAGGAGACCACGCUGGAGAAGAAGAUCCUGAAGGAGCUGACCUCCAACUACAUCCCCACCUACCUGAACAACCACAACCACAACGUCGUGGGCUCCUCCCUGACGCAUGCCUCGCAACACACCCUCACCCACACCCACACCCACGCCCACGACCGCAACACCAACACCACCACCAACACCAACACUAUCGGGGGCGGAGGCGGAGGUGGAGGAGGAGGAGGGUCCGAGCACGGGCGCAACCUCAUGAACAAGCUGGUGAACAACGUCAGCAAUGGUGGCAAAGACACGCCGCUGGGGCUCAACGUCUUGUCGGGCCUCUCCGGACUGGGCCUCGGUGGUGGUGGUGGUGGUGUUCUGGAUUUGGACGACUCGUCUCCGUACAACCAUGACGAUGAUGAUGGCAGCGACGGCAGUGUGGGUGGUGGUGGUGGUGGUGAGGGCGGCGGCAUCAUCAGCGGCGGCGGUGUGGGUGGUGGUGGUGGUGGUGGUCUGGAGCUCAUCCACGAGGAGUCCCAUGCUCCUCUGCUGCCGCCCCGCGUCACCUCCACCGCAGACAACCACCACCACACCCUGAAUCUGCACCACCUCCAACACCUCCAGCAGCAGCAGCUGCCCCAGGGGGACACCGACGUCAACGAGAGCUUCUUCCCGUUGCUCGGCGGCGUCGGCGACGGCGAGGGGGGCGGCACCCACGACCACGAGGCUGACGACACGCCCUCCUCCCCGCAAAGGGACUCGCUGUACACCAGCAUGCCCGAGCUGGCCGACGCCGAUGGCGAUAACGUCGGCGGGGGGGUCGUCAACAACAAGGAGGCCUUGGCUGGCGACGGGUCCGGCAAGGUUGGGGGCGGCGACACGCUGGAUGACGUGUACUACAAGAGCAUGCCAAACCUGGGCUCCAGAAACCACCUGCACCAGCUCAGCUCUUACUACCAGCUGGGCCGGGGCAGCAGCGAUGGAUUCAUUGUGCCACCCAAUAAGGAAGACCCUUCCCCCGAGGACCCGCCCACCACCCCUGAAGCAGCCCAUCUGGUCACCAGCCUAUAG